GCUGUGCUAGUUGUGCCAUGGGUAAUAAAUUGAGCUGCUCGUGCGCGCCAUUAAUACGCAAAGGCUAUCGGUAUGAGGAUUCGCCGUGGCAGAGCUCACGUCGUCGUGAUGGACAUUUAUUAAGUUCGUUCAGGUUAUGGGCGGAGGUGUUUCAUGUUUCGUCCAGCGGUGCUGGAACAGUGAAAUGGCAGCAAGUUUCCGAAGAUUUGGUUCCUGUUAAUAUCACCUGCAUUCAAGACUCUCCUGAAUGCGUAUUUCAUAUAACGGCCUACAACAGCCAGGUAGAUAAGAUACUCGAUGUCAGACUUGUGCAACCUGGUACACGCAUUGGCCAGGCUUCAGAAUGUUUUGUCUAUUGGAAGGAUCCUAUGACCAAUGAUACCUGGGGCCUAAAUUUCACGUCACCCAUUGAUGCCAAACAAUUUCGCGAGUGUUGUUCGCCUUCUUUCAAAUUUUCACGAAAGGCCUCAUCCAGCUACUCGCUGAAACUGGAUCCACCUGGUAAAGGUAAAGUUAAGGCUAAACGCAAGCCAUUAAGUACACCAGCAUCGCCGUCACGUGUACGUAGUGAACCGCAGUGCACCUGCAUGUCUGCUGAGCAAUAUGCAAGACUUAGAACUGAUCCGAGAGUGCGAGGCUCAUCAACAUUGCCACGUAACGUAGGCUCCCGUGUUGCUACUGACAGCGAUGGCCAACAUCAGCAAAAGGUCACUAAUGCGGCAAGCACUACGUCGCUUUAUGACAAUGUCGCUCCUGGUGCGGUAUCGACCGUUCAAACUAUGCCAUCUACGGCCGAUACACUAGGACGACAAAUCAAAACGCAAGAUGCUGCUGCAACAACUUCAUCUGGUGGAACUUGCACGGGCGCGCCUAACACGCUGUCAUCAGGCAAUAUGCAGACAGGAGAAAUAUGCACGCAAAAUCACGUAGGCUCUCAAGCAGGACCAGAAGAUAAUAUAGCGUCACAAUCCGAUGUCGAAAUGUCUAAAAGCGAAGGUACCCAAGUCGGAGGUCCAUUACAUCAAUCUGUAGGCACAUCUACUAAAUCAACAGGCACUCGCACUAAAGAUUAUGCAGAGGAAAUGCAGACACGCGAUACACAUGGUCACGAUAUACACCAACAUCAACAUCAGCACCAACACAACAUAAUUAACAACAAUACCAGACGCAAAACUAAAAGCACCGAGGACAUGAAUAUUGACACCAGCACAUUGAAACGCAUGCUUAAACCCAUGCCCAGCACCGAGAGUCCAGUCACAUCGCCUGAAAUGGGUCGUCGUCGUUACAACUAUUACAAUACUAAUGCAACCAAUACGUUCGGCUCGCAGCACAUGCAUCCACAUACUGCCAUAACCGGUGGAAUGGGUGGUAUACAUCACAUAAUGAACAAUAACAACACAAUGAUUGGCGCUCGUACAAACACUCAGUCACAAUCUCGUUUCUCUGGAUCAAGGUCUUCACAUGAAAUUGGCCGCGGCUAUCAGCCUAGAAAUUUGUAUUUGGAAUUGGAAAGAGAAAGAUCGUGCAUCGAAGGUUCGCCACCAUCGGAUAACGUUAUGUUCGAUAAUCAAUGCUAUGCUACCACGCCAAGCUCUAGUAACGGUAACUCCGAUCAAGAUCAAUCCUAUGGUCAACGAACAGGAGGUGUCGGAGUUGGAGUUGGAGUUGGAGUUGGCGUUGGCGUUGGCGUUGGCACUGGCAGCGGCAGCGGGCGUCACCAACAUCGCCAUCAAGGCCCAAACGUGACACCAACACCGGGAAGUCCAACUUCACGAUUACUACUCGAAUAUGAAAUGCAUUUGCGUAACACGCUUGCCAAAGGCAUGGAUGCCGAAUCGUAUAGUCUGCAUACAUUUGAGGCGCUACUAUCACAGAGCAUGGAAAACCUCGAAUUUGCCGAAAGUCUACCUGGAUCUACACAACGCAGCCCGUUUUCCAUACGCAGGCCCAGCAAUGCAAAAUCGUCAACUUUACCGUUGCCGCCACACCGGCCAUUAACGGCAGUGCGUGAUAAGGAGCGUGACCGGGAACGCGAUGGCUAUUAUAGUGAUCGUAAUGAACUUGUGCGUGAACGUGAACGCGAAAGGGAACGGGAACGAGGAUAUUUAUCCGAUCAUAAUACGAGUUUCUCGAAUUCACGUUGUGCUUCCUGCAUUGGUGAAUCGGCUCGAGCCCAGUGGUUUCGCCACUCCGACGGUUGGCGAUCCGGAAGCUCAACGAUUGGCUCUGGUUCAGGUCAAGGUUUAGUGUCACAGCAAACUAGCAGCUCAGGGCACAAGCGUUCGCCAUGGGACUCGUUGCCAUCUUUGCGUCAGGAUAGCAGCCUCAAUGACUCCGGCUAUAAAAGUGCACGAGCCGAUUCAUUGGAACAACGAGCUGAAUUCAUCCGGCAGGAUAGCUUGCGUUCCGAUUAUUUAAGCGAUCGCGAUUCACGUUACGGCAUUGUGCAACAAGCAUCCAUUGAGAGCACCGACUCGCGCAUGUGCUAUUUAACUUCAUCAGAGAUUUCCGACGAUGACCAUAUGAGCUUGACUACAGCGGUAUCGGAUGAAGAUGAUGGCGAAAGUGUCAUGGCGUCGCCUUACAAAGCUAAGACAACUGGAACAGCAGCUUCCUCAUUUAAUUGCACUGGCGCUGUGCGUAAAGCCGGGUUUUUGUCGGUGAAGAAAUGGCUUCUGAGAAAAAAGCAUCAAAUCGAAUUAGCCCGGAAACGUGGCUGGAAGGGCUACUGGGUAUGCUUAAAAGGGACUACCUUACUAUUUUACCCUUGCGAUUCACGUGAAGGCCGUAGCGUGGAGGCUGCUCCGAAACAUUUAAUUAUAGUUGAUGGCGCCAUUAUGCAACCCAUACCAGAGCACCCCAGACGUGAUUAUAUAUUCUGUCUGAGCACCGCAUUCGGCGAUGCAUAUCUUUUCCAAGCACCCUGCCAGGUCGAGCUGGAAAACUGGGUGAACAGUAUUCAUAGCGCCUGUGCAGCAGCUUUCGCUAGACAUCGCGGCAAAACAGGGACAUUACACUUGCUGCAGGAAGAAAUUUUUCGUUUAGAGAAAGCCAUCGAAUCGGACCAUAAACUGAAAAAUAUGGCCGAGCUUCAGCAAUCGGUUGUUACGGAUCAAGACACACGUCUGCAAAUACAAACGCAAAUAUUACAAUGGGAAGAAAAUCUGGAGCGUUUGCACUGUGAACAAUUUCGUUUGCGUUGUUAUAUGGCCUCAUUGCAGAGUGGUGAAUUACCCAAUCCAAAGUCUUUGCUUACACAUGUAUCACGUCCAACAAAGAAUAUACUCAAUAAGUUGGGCGUAUUUACGGUUUCCUCAUUUCAUGCAUUCAUCUGCGCCCGUUCGCCGUCAUUACUUAAUAAUUUAUUGGCUGGAAGAGGGGCAACCAAACGUCGUCCCCCCAUGCUCUCGCGUUCGAAUAGCGGUUCUAGUCGCCGUUCAAUGCAGCUAAAUUCCCGUGAUGAACCGGAAAAAACGUUCAAAGUUGCAAUGCCUGAUAAUGCUUAUUCGACUGUUUAUCUACGUGACGCUAUGUCGGUAGAAGAAUUUCUAGCGAGUGCAUGUGCUCGUCGCAAUCUCAAUCCCAUGGAGCAUUUUGUACGUGUAAAGAAACGACGUGACAUGGAGGAUCAUAAUUACUUUGUGCCACAUCGCAAUGACUUGAUAGAGAACUAUCUACACAAUCACGAAUUUGUCGAAGUCUGCAUGAAAAUCUUAUAUCAGGUGGAGUUGCAAAGGACAACAUUGGAACAAAUGUGGGGUUUUUCCGUUGAAGCCGAACUCAUUGAAAACGCCGAACGUCAAGAUGAAUUAUGUUGCUAUGUUAGUCGUGUGGAAGACAAAAGUGUAGCGAUGCAAAACGGGAUUAUCAAAGGAGAUGAAAUAAUGGUCAUCAAUGGAGCCAUUGUCUCAGACCUUGAUAUGAUGUACUUGGAGAGUGUACUGCAAGAAGAACAAUCUCUAAGCAUGAUGAUGCGUUCAUCGCGUACCGAACCACCAGAUCUAGCAGGAAUAAUGCGCGUUACCGACGAUAUGAUCGAUUCAUUAGUUUGUCCACCCCCACCAACGGACCCCCCCGUUAUGAGCGAAGAAAUGAUUUCGGGCCUUAUCGUACCCGCACCAGGCUGGAAUGGCACCGGUAAAGACUUGUACUCGCCGGAAGCAGAAAGCUCCCCCGCUCCAUCAUUUGUCGAACCAAUUUCGUCUCAAAUGGGUGUUGCAGCGGUUACCAAGCCAACCUCUAGAACUAGCAGUUUUGAAAUUGAAAAUUUACUCAAAACUGCCGAGCAGGUUACUGGAUUUUGUCGUUCACCUCAGGAAACCCGUAAGGCGAGUCCAACUGGUUCGGUUACAUCGUCAGUUUCGAAUGCGGCCCUUACGCCCUCACGCCAACUCACAGAUGCCGAAAAGCUGCGCAAGGUCAUUUUAGAACUGGUUGAUACUGAAAAAACCUACGUCAAGCAUUUAAAUAACCUACUGGAGAACUACCUGGAGCCUCUGAAACGUGAAACGUUUCUCUCUAGUGCUGAAAUUAACGCUUUAUUUGGCAAUAUUCAUGAAAUCGUGACAUUCCAAAGACAAUUUCUACAAAAUCUUGAAGAAGCUCUAGACCUUGAACCAGAUUUUCAUAAAUUCGAACACUCUAGUCAAUUCCGUAAUGUCCUAUUUGCAAUCGGAUCUGCUUUCCUAUACUAUGUAAAUCAUUUUAAACUCUAUUCGUCGUUUUGUGCCAGUCAUAGUAAAGCACAAAAGGUUCUGCAUCCAAAUGAAGGAAAUCAUGCAUUGCAAGAGUUCCUAGCCGCUCGUAAUCCCAAGCAGCAACAUAGUUGUACUUUGGAAUCGUAUCUAAUAAAGCCAAUACAGCGCAUACUUAAGUAUCCGUUGUUAUUGCAACAGUUACGUAAUUUAACUGACUCACGAGCUGACGAACAUUUACAUUUAUGCGAGGCCUUAAAGGGUAUGGAAAAAGUUGCUGAGCAUAUUAAUGAAAUGCAAAGGAUUCAUGAGGAGUAUGGUGCUAUUUUCGAUCAUUUAUUCCGGCAACAUCAAAAAUCGUGCAAGCAGCCAAUUGACUUGAGUCCCGGUGACCUCUUGUAUUAUGGCGGUGUCGAAUGGUUGAAUAUUUCCGAUUUUUUGGGUAAAAUUAAGAAAGGUCUAGAGCUACAUGCAAUGUGUUUCGUCUUCAAAUCAGCGGUUGUGUUUCUAUGUAAAGAGCGUUUACGGCAAAAGAAAAAGCUUAUGGGAGUGUCAAGCAAAAAUGCUCCAAAUGAAGUCGAGAUAAUACGUUAUCAGGUAUUAAUACCAGUAACGGAAGUUCAGGUGCGAGCAUCCUCAGCAAAAGAUAUGGACUCGCAUUUUUUGUGGGAAUUGAUACACCUGCGUUCACAAUUACAACGGCGCUCUGAGAAGGUAUAUGUGCUGUCGAAUAGUACUGCCGACUUUCGUAAUGCAUUCCUAAAGACUAUACGGCAAAUUAUACGCGAAAGCGUACGUAACAUGUCCAUUCCUAUGAAAAACUUCGGGGGUUCCACUUCAAUAUCAAGUCUAACAUCCCAAGGUGUAUGUAACUCCCAAACUUUGGAGCGUCCAAAGCAGCAGAUAACCAUUAUGCAAGGCUCACAGACCUUGGGUAAACCCAAAAAGAAGUCUGGAUCUCAACGCCAUUCGGCUGGGAAUAUCGACUACGACAACAUCUCAGGUAGCCAGGAAGCCGACGAUGUGCCCUCUACUUCAAUUCAUGCUCACGAACACCAGCUGGGGCAAUUACAUCCAGUUCAAUUUCAAUUGCGUAGUAAAGCACUGGGUGAUGCAUCCGACAACAUCCAACACCAACAACAGAGUGAUACCGAACGUAUGGACCCGGGCACAAAAUCCGAAGGUGAGGAAGAAUUUCAACACGGCACCAUUAAAACGAAACCCUCGCUUGGUCGUACACCCAAUCAUCUUACUUUAAGCACAACUUCAACAUUAUCCGUUGGCAGUACAGGAAGUCAGGCGCGACUCAUACAGUCGUCACACCCGCCAUCAACUUAUCAACCCAUUCUUAUGAAAGAUUUAGAUAGUGCAUGCUCAGAAAUCGAAUCCGUUACUGCAGAGUCUGCCCACGACCCCGAUGAACUAACGUUAGAGUCGGACUUAAAGGCAGCUACAUUGGCGGCUGCUUUUAAUUUAAGUUUAGGUGGUAGUGGUAGCUUAUUUACAACUGUUAGCGCUAGCUCUUCUCGGCAUGACUACGACAGUGACACUGUGUCUGUUGUAUCCGAUAAUAGCAUGCAUGUGAAUAACAGGUUUUCACCUAGACAAUCACCCAAAAAAGAUAUAGAAGUUAUUGAAAUGUUCUAUAAAGAAUCUAAAAGCAAAAGCACAGCUGAACAGGCUCCAGCUGUGCAUGUUGCGUCAAAAGAAUCAACCAAAAGAGCUUCUGGGCGUCACAGUUUUCCGAGUGAGCAACAAAACGGUGAUAGCGGCACAAGGUAUAUGGAUAAACAUUUAAGUGAGCUCGCGCAGGAUAAUCUAACAGAUACCACUUGCGACAUUGAGGCAUACAUGGCUAAUCUGAAAGAAAAGACAUUAGAAUCAAAUGACUUACAAAUGGACCCUCAAGACCAGCAACAAAAUGAUUCAAGUCUUUCACCCGAACCUCAGACCGUCGUAGAGAAUACCCAGCAGACAGUGGUUGCUGAUAUCGAAUCGCCGCCGCGUGCUAUAGCGACGGAAUCAGAAUCCGGUACAACCACAGGCACUUCGGAAAAAUCAGAGGACGAAUCAGAAGAUGGAGCUUCCACUUCUUCUUACCAUGUAAUAAUCGAUAAGAAAGUAGACAAAGUUUUCAAAUCUAAAUCAACGGAAAAACUACAAAAGCCAUCGAAGACUAAUUUAAAUGGCAAGGGAGGCAAUUUAGGAAGGAUAAGUGAUAAAUCAAAAUUGGUUAAAUCUCCACGUCAGAGCAUAUACAUUUCACCAGAUCGGUCUAAAUCUCAGGGUAGUUCACCAGUACGCAUAAUUAAGAUAAAAUCUCCGCGCACUAGCUUAAGUGAACAAGGCAAGCGUUUAAGUGUUAAUUCCAGUCGAGACUCUUCACAAGAUCGUUUAUUUAAUGGUCACCGGACACAAAGCUCUCGCAGAGCGUCUGAGGGUGGCGGUGGGAUACUCAAACGUUCAUCGAGUCCGUCAGCCAGUAUAUUAAAGUUACCAUCAAGCCCAUCAAAAUCAAAAAGUCCCGAUCGUAGUUGUUUGAAAAAGCCUACACUCACACAUGAUUGCAGCAUUGAAUCAUUAUCUCCACAUAUAUCACCUCAUAAUAGCGUAGAGUAUUUGUCCCCUGAGAGAUUCAGUGGAACGGGCAUCAAUGGAAGUGGAACAGGUGGUCUCAGUUUGUGCCUUCGUCAUUCACCGAGAAGUAGUUUUGACAGCCGCAGCUCGGAGCCAAAUCUCGACAUACCACGACCAGCGCUCAAAUCGCCUCGGGGCAGCUUCGAUUUACGUCCUCUUGAACGCGGCUCAGACGUUGGACGCAAACGCAGCCUAUCGGCCCAUGGCAGUUUUGAUUAUGAGGAGCAGACUGAAACCUAUUAUAAAUAUUAUCCAAUUUAUGAUAAUCGUACUUGUAGCGAUCAUUUUGUUCCAGUUACUGUGACGCGACGUGAUGGCCGUGAGAGUGGACGACCAGAAGCAGCAAGACAUAGUAGUACCAAAUCUUUAGAACGAUCACUUUCACGGGAUAGCCAUGCAAGCUCGUCUCACUAUCGUUACGGAAUUUCUCCAGAGCGCGUUUAUGGAAUUAAUACAAUGGAUCUAAGCGCAGGUCCGAUACGUUCACAAUCCGCCGAAAAUACGUUCGCUCAAUAUAGACAGGAGAUGGGCAACUCUGCCGCUGCUGCUGCUGCUGCUGCUGCUGCUGCUGUCGAGCACUGCUAUUAUAAUACUGGCCGAUUAUUGCAGCAUGAAUCGCAAUGUCCCCACGACCGUCCCUACCAAAUGAGCUCUUCGGCGCCAGAACAUACAACAUGCAUCGAUUGUUUAUAUCAGAAGAAACCAUCCUAGCAUAAGAGCCGCGUACGACAAAGCCGUACGCGGAAAAAGAUACCACGUGGCGCUGUCGCAGUCAAUGCAUACGGAGAACCAUACGAAACCAGUCUAUACGACACGCAACAUCAACAAACCUCCACAACUAGACAUGUAAACGAAACGGCAGGAAGCGGUGGAUGCAUCGAUUGUAAUGAUUACUAUGAAAUACAUGUUUAAAACUGCCGCCACAUAGCUUACUACUAACAUCGAUUAAAAUUAUUUAUCGUAGUAUAGCCGAAGUGGAAGCUUUUCUAAAAGAAUUAUGGGCACCAUUGCAGCUAACAGUCUACUUGAUGUCACUAUGGCUAAUCCCUCAUUACGUUUAGCGGCAUUUGGAAACGGGUCAAACCAUCAAUCAUCUGAAUGUAAUCGGUGAUCAUCUCCUUUAUUAUUUCAUAAGGUUGUACGCAAAACAAAAACAAUAAUACCAACACUUACUUACUAAAAAAAAAAUAAAUAAAUAAAUAAAUAAAUAAAAUAGAAAGAUUAGUACGUACACAUAUACACAAUAAGCGUAUAUAUAUAUAUACGUACGUAUACCUCUAGAUUAAAGAAAUAGGAUUUAAAUGAAAUUCAUUAACGAGAAUUGAUGUUUAAAAGAAAAACAAAUUUUAACGACUCAGACAUAAGACAUUACACAAUGCACUCUUGUUCCUAAGAUAUGUACAUACCUUCAACAUACAUGGAAAUAGAAAUGUAGCUGAAUUAGUUAUUAUAUCAACGUACGUUGAUAUGCAAUACACAAGCAAAACUAACAAACCAGACAUACUAACCUUAAGCGUCAUAAGAUUGAAAGAGUGUUAGCAAUUUAUAAACAUAAUUUCCCUAAACGAAAUAAAUAACAUCGCAAUAACAAUAAAAACAAUAACAAUAAA